UGAUUAUUAUGUGUUGAUUUUUGUACAAGAGUGAACAAGGGAUUAAUAAGUCCAUGGGUAUUUUAUUUUUGAUUGAGUAGGUAAAGCAAAGCAAGUUAAAGCCAAGCCAAGCCAAGCCAAGCCAAGCCAGCACAGCAAAGCAAAGCAACGGUGUUGAGAGUUAGUAGAGAGUAUGAUAAAGUUAGUUGCCAACCGAAACGAAACAAAACAAAAAAACCUUGAUGAUGUGUUUUGUCUCUCUCCGUCCUCCCACUUUCCUAGUCGUGAGUGCGGUGUGUGAGACUUUCUGGUACGCAUCCUGAAAUACCACCAUCCUCCUCCUCCUUGACGUGACCUGUAAACAACAAACUAUCCGUCAAUCAGCUACAGUGGUGUAAAGAGACUUGUAAAUUGCCGGAGCCUAGAGCCGAGUAGUUGAUUGGGUUGCGUUGCCUUGCGUGGGAGUAUUCGAACCGACCGACAACGACGGAGAGUGGGUAACAAUUACCCUGAAACCCCCCCUGAAGGCCAGGCCAGGGUCAAGAUUGAUUGAUUGCUUCUCCUCCCUUGGGCGUCGGCCGUCCAUCCAACUUCCUAUCCCGCCCGGACUUAAAAAUAAGAAUGGGCCAUUGCUUAGCUAAGAUAAUGAUGCAGCACGCCAAUGAUCUCGAUUCUUCUGAUCAUAACAUCGAAUUCGCGGGUGGAAACGUCCAACUCAUCACCACGGAAGAGAGUUGGGAUCAAAAGAUAGCUGAUGCAAAAAGAGACGGAAAGAUUGUGGUUGCCAAUUUUAGUGCUACAUGGUGUGGGCCCUGCAGGAUGAUUGCACCAUUCUAUGUUGAGCUAUCUGAGAAACACCCCUCAAUGAUGUUUCUGGCAGUUGAUGUAGAUGAGCUUACAGGAUUUAGUACAUCUUGGGACAUCAAAGCGACGCCAACCUUCUUCUUCCUCAAAGAUGGCCAGCAACUUGACAAACUCGUUGGUGCCAACAAGCCUGAGCUGCAGAAGAAACUGCUUGCCGUACUAGAUUCUGAGGUGCCAGUCCAAGAAACACAAUCUUCUUAAGCUUAGUUCUCUAGUAGCGAGCAAGGCACGCUACAAAGUAAUGUUUUGAAGAUAUGAUCGGGGUCUGUAUGAAGAAUCCAAGCUAUAUGUUGUAUCGGGAGCAUAACUAUAUAUUAGCCAUAUCCUGGUUUUGUGCAAUGGGAUGAUGUUGUAUCA